GGUACCCGGAUGUGAGCUGAGGCGGGCGGUGGCGGCCGAGCGGGUCGGGAGAGAAGAGUGGGGAGGGGUCCAUGGAGGGAGAGGACGGGCCUGGCUGGGUUGACUCUCACAGCCAUAAUGGAUGACUUGAACCUGCACUACCGGUUCCUGAACUGGAGGAGGAGGAUCCGGGAGAUUCGGGAGGUGCGGGCUGUCCGCUAUCAGGAGAGAUUCAAACACAUUCUCGUGGACGGGGACACACUGAGUUACCAUGGGAACUCCGGGGAGGUUGGCUGUUAUGUCGCCCCCCGCCCACUGACCAAAGACAACAACUACUUUGAGGUGUCGAUUGUGGACAGUGGUGUGCGGGGCACCAUUGCCGUGGGCCUUGUGCCACAGUAUUACAGCCUGGACCAUCAGCCGGGGUGGCUGCCUGAUUCCGUGGCCUACCAUGCUGACGAUGGCAAGCUCUACAAUGGCAGAGCGAAGGGCCGACAGUUUGGGACGAAGUGCAGCUCGGGGGAUCGGAUUGGCUGCGGGAUCGAGCCAGUUUCUUUUGAGGUCCAGACAGCCCAGAUAUUCUUCACCAAGAACGGAAAGAGGGUGGGCUCCACCAUAAUGCCCCUGUCCCCGGAUGGGCUCUUCCCCGCCGUGGGGAUGCACUCGCUGGGAGAAGAGGUUCGGUUGCACCUCCACGCCGAGCUGGGCAACGAGGAAGACGACAGUAUCAUGAUGGUGGAUAGCUAUGAGGAUGAGUGGGGCCGGCUCCAUGACGUGAAGGUCUGUGGCACGCUCCUGGAGUACGUGGGCAAGGGGAAGAGCAUCAUCGACGUUGGGCUGGCCCAGGCAAGGCACCCCUUGAGCACCAGGAGCCACUACUUUGAGGUGGAGAUCGUAGACCCCGGGGAGAAGUGCUAUAUCGCGCUAGGCCUGGCCCGGAAGGACUACCCGAAAAACCGCCAUCCCGGCUGGAGCAGAGGAUCUGUGGCCUACCAUGCAGACGAUGGGAAGAUCUUCCACGGGAGUGGCGUGGGCGACCCCUUCGGGCCCCGGUGCUACAAGGGCGACAUUAUGGGCUGCGGGAUCAUGUUCCCGCGGGAUUACAUCCUCGACAGCGAAGGCGACAGCGACGACAGCUGCGACACCAUGGACCUGAAGCCCAAGCUGCGGGGCGUGCGGAAUGUCAUGUACCUGCACCAGGAGGUGGAGGAGGAGGAUGAGGAGGAGGAGGAAGAGGACGGGGAGGAGAUGGAGCAGGAGCACGAAGGGAAGAAAGUGGUGGUGUUCUUCACACGCAACGGGAAGAUCAUUGGCAAGAAGGACGCGGUGGUGCCGGUCGGCGGCUUCUUCCCCACUAUUGGCAUGCUGAGCAGUGGGGAGAAAGUCAAGGUGGACCUCCACCCGCUCAGCGGCUAGGAGCCAGGGGGCAUAUCCCGUCCUCUGCCCCGCUCUCGGGGUCAGCACCCUCCCCAUGGGGCACCCUGGGGACGUUCUCCAUCACUUCAAUCCCUCGCGCUUUGAGCCUCUGCCUGUAGGGGGCAGUGCUUUGUCGCUGGUGGCCGAAGUAUUAUCCCAGCUGGUUCCGCGAGUGCCCCGCUGGGCCCUGGUGCCCGGCAGUCUGCAGGUGGGAUGUUUGGUGGCUGGAGAGAGCUCCGGAAGCUCUGGAUGUGCCUGGUGCUGCCCCCCCAGCUCUGUCCAGUGCCAGCCAGAGCACAGGGCAAUCUCCUGUUUGUAGCAACUUGCCAAGCCUUGGGCCCAGCCUGUCCAUCUCAGUGUGGUGUGUGACAUGCGGAGACAGGUGCCGCCUGAGGCCCAAUUCCCACCCCCCUGUGUGGGGCUGGCCCCUUCCCCCCAGCUGGCGAGAUUCCUCUUUGCUUUCAUUUCCUGUCUGGCUGCUGCUCUGUUGCAGGGAUCCUGGUAGCUGGGCACCUGGCUUGGGCUCUGGCUACCACCUGAGCAUGCGUGAGAUCUGUGCCCACUGGGGCCUCUCCUGUUACCACGGAUGGUUUUACAGCACUGUGGCCUCCUGCCUGCCCCAGCUUGGCCUGCCCUGGUGUUGGUGAGGAAUCAGGCACCACUCAGAUGGGGGUCUGGGCUGACUCGAAGCCUCUCCCUGCUGUCCUGCGGUGCCCGAGCCUUGCCCCACUUGCUAAAGAGCUGGCUUCCUGGGCUUCCUCCUCUGCCCCUCUGUAGCCAGCGAUGGCCAACCCUCCGCCCCUCGUGCCCACACUGGUUGCCUUAUUACAGUGUCAUGCCAUCCCUCAGGGGGCUGGGAUGGCCUGACCCAUGGUCCCAAGUCCCCAGGCCAUCAGUCAGGCUCCCAGGGGGCAGGGCACAGGUCGGGGGGCAGGCUAGGGUUUUGUCCCAGACGGCUGUCUCGUUCUGCCCUCUGAGGUCAGGGGCUGGGGGUGUCAGGGGGAGUGAACACUGGCUGCUAUGGGCCCUGAUAUAGCGUCAGGCUGGGGCUGGGCCUUGAGGGGACAGUGCUGCAGCCCAGGGCCCCUUUGUGGGGGGCCACAGUCAGCAAACCCUGGCCCUGCGUGGGGUGAUCUCAGCUGCCCCUCACCCAGCCCCCUGACCCUGGAGCCCCCUAGACCCCAGCCCAUCUCCCCUCCUAGGGAUCACCAGGAGGUCUGUAAGGGGCAGGGCAGAUGGGUGGGUUUCUUCAGGGUAACUGGGGCUUCCCCCAUUAAGCAGCCUCCCCCCCCCCAUCCCAGGCAAGCUUAGAAAUUCUCGUUCCCCCCUAGCCUGGUGUCAGCAUCCCCCCCGGUUGGGCUUGUAGCCAGGCUCGGGGCAGACCAGCCCUCGCUGCUCCACCCGCUGUUUCCUGCAGGCCAAUUCAGCCUUCCACUUCCCAGAGUCCAUGUGGACCGGGUCAGGGCUGCCCCCCAGUUCCGAGUCUGCCCGUGGCUCCCUCUCCCACCCCCGCUCUCAUCCUCCUUUGAGGGGUAGCUCCCUAGCCUGUGGCGGGGGUUCCCCUUGCUGGGCUGGAGGACGUGGUCCUCAUGUGGGGUGGCAAGUGGGGGGUCACGGCGGGGAGGCCUAUUUCCAAUGCUGGGGAUUGCAGCACCUGCCCCAGAGCUUACACAUACCCCCCCCACCCCCUAAGUGCUGGUGCCUGCCCUACUGCCAAUGCGGGGGCAAAGGAUGGCGAUGGAACCCGCCUGUGCCCUCCAAGGGAAGCGGGGGCUAAUGCAGCCAGGGCUUGGGCAGCCUAGUGUCUCAGCCCAGGCUGGCGGGGCUGCAGGGAGUGAGGGGGAUGCUCUGAUGGGGGGCAGAGAAUGAAUUCAGGGGGCACGCGAGGGUUCGUUGGCAGAGUUAACGUUGGGGCAGGUUCCUUCACUCCUCUCUACGGCUCUCUUGGGACACCUGGGGCCAGGGCUGCGCCCAGGUGGCUGCUAGCCAAUGAGAGCUGAGUCGCUGGAAGGGUCUCUCACCCUCCCACCCCUGCCUGGGCUGCCCCAGCCCUGUGAUGCCAAAAGCUCCCUGGGCCUACGGGGUCAUGUCUGUGAUGGCUGGGGGGCUGGCUGUGGACCAGGUGCCACUGGGGCUUAUGCUGCUCUUUCUUUGCUUAAUUGUUACCAGAUCUUGUGAAUGUAAAAAUCAGCCCCCUCCCCCUUUUGUGUAUCCCCCCAGCCCAGGUCUGGACACAGCCCUUAGCUGCUAGUGGGAAAUCAGUGAGCCUGGGGAGGGCUCCAGUUGUGGGACUCUCCCCUGCUAGGCUUCAGCUGGGAGGGCGUGAUGCCCUGGGCUGGGACCCUGCCCGGGUCCCAUCUGCAUGGAGCCCAUCCUCCCUCCCCCCGCCCGAGAUGGGGAUCUCACCAGUGCUGAGGCUGCUGCUGGCUGAGAAACCCGGACUUUGCACCUACGGGGAAUCAAGUGUUUUGACCCAGCCAGGUUGAGAUCCCCCCAAUCCCCACCCCCAGUCUGCGCUCUCCACCCUCCGACUUACACGUCUGUACAUACUGAGAUCUUUAUACACACUCAAUAAAGAUGGAGUUUCCAUAUUUAUCUGUA